ACUCAGGCCCCGAUGGUCCAAGUGCGCCGUCGCCGUGUCUUUCGAGCUCGUUAAGUCCGGCCAUGUGGGCAAAGCUCCGUCUUGGAAUUUCCCGACCAGCAAGCUGUUAGGUUGAUCGGCUCGUGAGAUGAUGUCUCAUCCUGCAGACCAAAGUCGUCAGCAGCCGUGAUACCCGAGAUAAUGCAGUCAGUAAGCUGCAUAACGAUGGCUGUCGGCCCUUUGUGUGAGGGAGGAGGGUGUGAGAGUAAUCCAAAGUUAAUUGAUAAUCGCAGUCAUGAUGAUGAAUGCCAAAUGAAAUGGCACCGGGGGAAGUCCGGUCGCCUGACUCGUGGAAAGUUCAAGCUUAGUGGGAAUUGGAAUUGGAACUGGCUCGCGCUCUCGGCACUUCCGACCGCCGACAUUUGGGUUAAGGAGACCCGCCGGCUUGGCUACCUUGGGAGUGCCAGAGUGGGUGCCUUCGUUAUUUUUUUUUUCUUUCGCUUCUGUUUCUUUUCCUCAUUCGACCUUUUUCGAGAGCCUUCGCGAGGACUUUGAUAUUCGCCUCGCCCCGCUGAGUCUUCUUCGAGAUAGACUGAAGAAUCUUGGCGAAAACGAAGCCGUCGACCUUCGGGUUGUUUCGAAUAGAGUGAACGAUCACAUUUCCACGC